GCUGCGGACAUAACCAUGACCGAUUCUUCUGCUCCUGCUGCUGCUGCAGACGGCAAUAAUUCCUCGUCCAAAUCCAAGACGGAUUCUGCUGACGUCAAGCCUUCCGAUGGCGACAAAAAGGACUCGGUGACCACUUCCGGAGAACCCUCAACUUCAUCUACGGCCGCACCUCCUUCAGCAAACAUUCAUAUGAGGUGCCUGAUUGUUACCCAAGAUGCUUCAAUCAUCAUCGGAAAGGGCGGGUCUCAUGUCAAUGAAAUCCGCGAGAAGAGCGGUGCUCGGGUUAUGGUUUCUGAGAGCAUUCCGGGUAACCCAGAACGAAUUUUGAAUGUUUCUGGGCCCCUCGAUGCAGUUUCAAAGGCCUUUGGUCUCAUUGUUCGCAGGAUCAACGAUGAACCGUUUGACGUCCCCUCUGUACCUGGCAGUCGAGCGGUGACAAUCAAGUUUAUGAUUCCGAACUCUCGGAUGGGAUCCGUCAUUGGUAAACAAGGGUCAAAAAUUAAGGAGAUUCAAGAUGCUAGUGGGGCUAGGUUGAAUGCGAGUGAAGGAAUGCUCCCAGGGUCUACGGAGCGAGUUCUUAGUGUGGCGGGCGUUGCAGACGCCAUUCACAUUGCAACGUACUAUAUUGGUAAUAUUCUUAUCGAAGCUCAAGAGCGAAUGCCAUCCUCAGCAAAUUCGACCUACCGUCCUUCGAGAUAUGCAUCAAACCCCUAUCCACCUCCCCACAAUCCUCCUCCGCAACAGCUGCAGACGCAACAAAUCUAUAUUCCGAAUGAUCUCGUUGGGUGUAUCAUUGGAAAGGGGGGCAGCAAGAUAAACGAGAUUAGACAUAUGAGCGCAAGUCAAAUCAAAAUUAUGGAACCUGGGGCGGUAGGCGUGGGGAUGAACGGGGCUCCCGCGCCUGCUGGAGGUGAGGGUGAACGGUUGGUAGUUAUCACUGGACAACCCGCCAACAUCCAGAUGGCAGUACAACUUUUGUAUCAUCGGUUGGAACAGGAAAAGCAGAAACAACUCCGGGCACCUGGGUCGAGUUAGAUGUCGAGCUGAAAGUUGUUUUCUUACUUGUUGGUUCACUGCAUGUUGUUUGCUAUUUUGAAAUCAAAUUAUUGAUGCAUU